AUGCCAGACGAAGAUAGCUUGGUUGCUACUAGAUCUAGGCGUUCUAAUGCUGGUUCGCGUCUUAAGCAUUUAAUUGAAUUAGAAGAAAGAGCCAGUGAUGUACAAGAAUCUGUCAGUUCAAUAAUAAAUGAAGAAGAUGAGAAUGUAAAUUUAUUAUUUCAAGAGGAUGAAGAUGAUCAGGAGUUUUUUGAAGAAGAAGAAGAGGAGGAAGAAGAAGAGGAAAAUGAAGAUAACGAAGAAGGGGAAGGAGACGAUGAAGAUAAUAUAAACAAAGAAGAGACAAACAAUAAAAGAGCACAUGAAUCUGACGAUGAAGGUGAACAAGUGAAUUCAGACGACGUUCUCUCGGAUUCGGAUAUAUCAAUGUCAGAAUCAGAUGAAAGUGAAGGGGAGAAAGAGCUUCAAAUACAAGAAAAGAUGAAGCAGCGUAAAGUGAAAAAGAAACAAAGUCUUGUACCCACUAUCAAGCAGCCCAAAUUGAAUGAAAAGCCAAAGGCCAAGAAACCAAAGGGGUUAACAUCAUCUGACUCCUUAUUAUUAUCGAUGAGAAGAUCGUCGUCCAGAUCAACGGCCGUAGAAAACAAAGAAGCAUUGGUUCAAAAAUUAAAGGAAAACGAAAAGAGAAGGGCCAAGAUAGGCCCUAUUGUCCGUGUUAAACACGUCGAUUUGACUCAGGAAGAAAAGCUUGCGGAAGCAAUAGAAACAGAAAAGGCUAAUAUAUUAUCAUUGCAACAGUUCAGGGAUCAAGAAAUAGUCAAAAAAGAAAGACAGAAACAACUAUUAUUACUGCGGAAAGUGAAACUCAAAAAUGUAGUUAGAACAAUAAGCUAUGAAAGACUAAUAACGCCCUUGGAUGAAAUAAAUGAAGCUAGACACAUGCGUGAACUACUUAAUAUUAGAUCGAGGAAGAAGCUCGGAAGAAAAAAGAAGGUUUCAAAAGAAACAGAGGCAAGACGACUUCCUGGAGAAGUUGAUACCGAAUUACCACUUGUAAAGGAAGAAUUGGAAAGAAAACGAAUCCAAGAGGAAGAGGAAGCUAAAAUUAACGGAGGAGAUAAAACUGCAGAAAUUACCUCUGAUACACAAGCUGAUAAUAAUCAAGAAAACGAAAAUAUGGAUAAAUCCUCCACACCUCCUCCCAAUACAUCUGAGGUUGUAUCUGAGGAGCCUAAAGAGACUAUUGAAGAGAAGGGUCCUAACGAAGUUGAAGGUAAAGCCAUUAGCCCUGAAGAUGAUAAAAAUGCUACCCAAGAUACAACAGAAGAAACUACGGUUCAAUAUAAUGAAGAUAAAGAUUCUAAUCACAUUCAGGAGGAAGAAGAAGAAGGUAUUGAAAACCAUUUGGAUGAAAAAAAUGAAAAAAUUACAGAAAAUGAAGUUUCUUUCAAGAGUGCAACGAUUGUUGAUACAUCUGUGAAAGAAGAGCCAUUAUCAAAUGAUGGCUUUGUCAACAAAAUAUCGGGGAGCGAUUCAGAUAAGGCUAAAUCUGAAAAGGAGGAAGAAGGAAAUCCUGAUAAUAUAGAGGGAGUAUUGUUGAAUAAUACGCAUGAAGAGUUAAACAAUUUGAAAGAAGAGAAGAGAGUUAAAUUUGCAGAUGAAUUGGAACAAGAACAACGGGAGGAAACCGAACCAUACGAAACAAAUAAUUCCACGCCGGAUGUUGAAUUUGAAACCAAUCCUGAAAUAUUCGAAGGUCCACCGCAAAGAGUAGCUCGUAAUAUGAUAUAUCUUAUAGACUUUGAAGAGGAUAAGGAUCCCAGCUAUAAACUCGACCACUCUAACAUUAAAUCCAUACUAUUCGGGCCACAGUCUCUUCUUCCGGCUUCUAGAAGGUUUAAAGAUUUAAAGACUAUCCUAAGAAUUGGUGAGGUGGAAAAUCCUUAUGCAACCGUGAAGCAAGAAAAGGAUGAGUUAUUUGAACCAGUUUCAGAACUUAAUGAAGAUAAUGCAAUGUUUGAUGAACUUAAAAGGUUACCUAAAUUAGGUAUUACCCAAGCUAUAGUAGAAGAAAUUGAAGAGGAUACACAAGAGGAGAAUGCACCUAUAGUAUUAAAGACAGAAGCGCCGACAGGAAUUUACUUACCAAAUGGAAACAAGAAAGCUUGUUUGAUCUCAGGCACAGAAGUUAAAUAUUUUGAUCCUUCCAAUGGUAUACCGUAUAGCAGUGUCGAAACAUACAGAUUCUUAAAAACUAUUGAACAGGGUAACGUCCCUUGGUAUAGCAUUGAUGAAACUGACAAUGAUAACGGCCCCGUUGAGCUCUAUUUUGGUUCUAGAGACGGUACAGAAAGACAUGCCAAAGGAGUUCCUGAAGGUUUUGACAGCUAA